AUGCCCGAUAGUACCGGCGACAAGAGAAGCAGUGCCGAUCUCGACGGCGCUUCUCGGAAGAAGAUGAAGAAGGAGGAGAAGCAGAACCCGUACCUCGCCCACAUGUACGAGAAUGGGGAUGACGAAGACUACGAAAACGGCGCGGAAGAGAUGCCGGCACACUCGCCUCUGGCGGGCAUGAAGCGCCGUGCGACGACGGCGAAGCAGGCUGCCGCGGCCGAAGAUUUGGCCUCGAAUCCCUUCACAGGGCGCCCCCACACACAGAAGUACUUUCAGAUUCUGCAAGGUCGUCGAGACCUGCCUGUCCACAAGCAACGGUAUGGCCAUUUCCCACAUGUGCAAGAAUUCCUCGACAAGUACCACUCGAGCCAGAUCCUCGUCUUCGUCGGUGAGACGGGUUCCGGAAAGACGACCCAGAUCCCGCAAUACGUCGUCUUCGAUGAGCUCCCCCAGCUCAACCGUAAGCUCAUCGCCUGCACGCAGCCCCGCCGAGUCGCCGCGACUUCGGUGGCCCAGCGUGUCGCUGACGAGAUGGACGUGACGCUCGGCGAGGAGGUGGGUUACAGUGUCCGUUUCGAUGACAUGUCGGGUCCCAAGACGGUCCUCAAGUAUAUGACGGACGGUAUGCUGCUACGCGAGGCGAUGCACGACCACGACAUGUCGCGCUACAGUUGCAUCAUCCUCGACGAGGCGCACGAGAGGACGCUCGCGACCGACAUCCUCAUGGCGCUACUCAAGCAGAUUGCCGCGCGCCGCCCGGACCUCAAAAUCAUCGUCAUGUCGGCCACGCUGGACGCGCAAAAGUUUCAACGCUACUUCAACGAUGCACCGCUGCUCGCGGUCCCCGGCCGCACGUAUCCCGUCGAAAUCUUUUACACGCCCGAGCCCGAAAAGGACUACGUCGAGGCCGCCAUCCGCACCGUCCUGCAGAUCCACGCCUCGGAGCCCGAGGGCGACAUCCUGCUGUUCCUCACGGGCGAGGACGAAAUCGAAGACUCCUGUCGCAAGAUUGCCCUCGAGGCCGAUGAGCUCAUACGCGAAGUUGACGCCGGCCCGCUCGCCGUCUACCCGCUCUACGGCACGCUGCCACCGCAUCAGCAGCAAAAAAUCUUUGACAAGCCGCCGCCGCCGCUCCGCAAGGGCGGGCGCCCCGGCCGCAAGAUCAUCAUCUCGACCAACAUUGCCGAGACGUCGCUGACGAUUGACGGCAUCGUCUACGUCGUGGACCCGGGCUUCAGCAAGCAAAAGAUUUACAACCCGCGCAUCCGAGUCGAGUCAUUGCUCGUGUCACCCAUCUCCAAGGCGUCAGCACAGCAGCGCGCCGGUCGUGCGGGCCGUACCAAGCCCGGCAAAUGCUUCCGGCUGUACACGGAAGUUGCAUUCAAGAAGGAGCUCAUUGCGCAGACGCACCCAGAGAUCCUGCGAUCCAAUCUCGCCAACACGGUGCUGGAGCUCAAAAAGCUGGGCGUCGAGGACCUGGUGCACUUUGACCUGAUGGACCCGCCGGCACCGGAGACCAUGAUGCGCGCGCUCGAAGAGCUCAACUACCUAGCGUGCCUCGACGACGACGGUGAGCUGACGGCACUGGGCUCGCUCGCGUCCGAAUUUCCGCUCGACCCGUCGCUCGCCGUGAUGCUCAUCUCGUCGCCGGAAUUCUACUGCUCCAACGAGAUUCUCAGCCUGACGUCGCUGCUCUCGGUGCCGCAGGUGUUUGUGCGGCCGGCCAACAACCGCAAGCGCGCCGACGAGAUGAAGGCGCACUUUAGCCACCCCGACGGCGACCACCUGACCAUGCUCAACGUGUACCACGCCUUCAAGGGCCAGAUGGCGUCGGACCCGGGCGCGGUCAAGCAGUGGUGCCACGAGCACUUUCUCUCGCACCGGCACCUCGGCAGCGCCGACAGCGUGCGCGCGCAGCUCAAGCGCAUCAUGGAGGUACAGGGCCUGCCGCUCGUGUCGACGCCGUUUGAGGACAAGAACUACUACACCAACAUUCGCCGCUCGCUGCUCUCGGGGUUCUUCAUGCAGGUCGCCAUGAAGGAGAGCUCGGGCAAGAUUUACCGGACCGUCAAGGACGACCAGGCCGUGCUGAUCCACCCGUCGACGGUGCUGCGGACCGAGUUUGACUGGGUCGUGUACCACGAGUUUGUCCUGACGUCGAAGCAAUAUAUCCGCACCUGCACGGGUAUCCGCCCGGAGUGGUUAUUGGAUAUCGCGCCGACGUACUACGACCCCGAAACCGUGGAACAGCCAGACAUCAAGCGGGCUCUGAUCAGGGCGGCGGAGAAGAAGCGCAGAAAGGCGGCCAUGAAAGCCGCCAAGUGA